ACUCGGCGGAGCCUCCUUAAAACUCUGCCGUUAAAAUGGGGGCGGGUUUUUCAACUCAAAAAGCGCUCAAUUUUUUUCUUUUCAAAAAAAGCUGAUGAGGUCGGAAAAAAAAAAAAAGGGGGAAAGAAACCGGCACGGUCUCUGCAGCGGCCACAGAAGUAGCGAUUGUUGGAGCAGAGCAGAGAAGCAGAGAAGGGAGGGGAGGAGGAGAAUAGAAAGUGUCUGCAGGGGAGAAGGGAGCCGGGACCGGCGAUUCUGGGGGAGACUGAGCCACAAAAGAAACUGUCACCCGGAGCGCUGCGGCUCGGGAGGAAGCCGUGCUGCCCGGUCCGGCUGCGGGCACAGCUGCCCCGCGGGCGGCACCGGCUCGGGGCGCAGAGGUCGGGGGACCGCGAGAGGCUCGCCAAGUGGCACCACCGGUGGCCGAACCGGCUGGGCGCUCUGGUCGACGACAGGGCUGCGGGACCGGCUGCGCCCUGGGGACUCCCCAUCCUGGGAGACCGGCUCCGGCUUCCCAGGACCCCGCCGAUCUCCGGAGGCGCCCUCCGAAGACCAGGAGAGGACGGAAGAGACGGCGGCAGCCGCUCCGGGAGCGUCUCCAGUAGGAGGUCUGGACUGGCUCGGUCCUAGGCGGGAAGCUACGGGCGAGCUGCCCCGUGCAGCCGCGAUGCUGCAGCGCGCUGCCCCCGCCGCCCGGGCCCCGUAGACGCCGCUGCCCGCACCGCUCUCCCUCCCGUCCCCGCACCCGGUGGGGCCGGCAUGACCCGCCUGGCCCAGGCCCGCCGCGCGUCCGGCGGGCUCCGAAGACGCGCGCCGAGCCGGGCUCCCACGGCCUCGGAGGCUCUGCGGGGCUGCGGCGGCCCGGCGGGCGGGCUCCGGAGCCUCCCCGCGCGGCGUUAACCCGCGUCCCCGGCCCCCGGACGCGGAUCAAGGCCCUUCCCCGGGGAAGCCGAGGCCACGGAGGAGUCGUGACGGACCUGGAACUCGAGGGCUACGGAACUACCACUCCCGUUUGCCUUUUGGCGAUCGUCGUUAACCCCCUGGAGGACGUCAGCAUCCAGCUGCAGCGGCGCUCCCCCUGCAGAGCGGAGCCCUCGGCACGGACUACCCCUCCGGGCGUGACGGAUGGAGACCGAGCCUCCCCGAGGACCUGCCCCUGCAGUUCUGGCCGGCGCGGCUCCAGUCGCCACCACCGCGAGCAAGGGACCCUAAAGAAUGGCCGAGCCUUGGGGGAACGAGUUGGCGUCCGCAGCUGCCAGGGGGGACCUAGAGCAACUUACUAGUUUGUUGCAAAAUAAUGUAAACGUCAAUGCACAAAAUGGAUUUGGAAGGACUGCGCUGCAGGUUAUGAAACUUGGAAAUCCUGAGAUUGCCAGGAGACUACUGCUUAGAGGUGCUAAUCCUAAUUUGAAAGAUGGAACUGGUUUCGCUGUCAUUCACGAUGCAGCCAGAGCGGGUUUCCUGGACACUUUACAGACUUUGCUGGAGUUUCAAGCUGACGUGAACAUCGAGGAUAAUGAAGGGAACCUGCCCUUGCACUUGGCUGCCAAAGAAGGCCACCUCCCGGUGGUGGAGUUCCUCGUGAAGCACACUGCCAGCCACGUAGGGCAUCGGAACCACAACGGGGACACCGCCUGCGACUUGGCCAGGCUCUACCGGAGGAACGAGGUCGUUAGCCUGAUGGAGGGAACCGGGGCGGAGGGAGCUGAGAAUCUACAGUGAAUGCGCGGGGAGGGCUCUCCCACACUGCCUUCUAUUCUGUCAGUUAAAUGGUUGGCUGUUUUAAUAUCAUCUGUUAAAACUCAGUUUUGUCAUAUUUUAAGCAGCUUGUUAAAUCUUCUGAAACUGCUAAAUGGACAUCUUACUACAGGUUUAUGCAUCUAUCUUUUUCACCUACAGAACCCUGAGUUCUAACAUAUAAUUGCAAAUAGCUUUGGCUUUCUUCUUAUUAUUUUAUCUUCCCUUUACUUUUUCUUGGCUUCUUUCUCCCUUUGCCAAUCUCAAUACCCAACUUGAUGACUUUGUUUUAAAAAUGGUUUGUCCUGAUGCUUCUUUUGCCUAAUUAAAACACUUUUUCAAAACAGGA